AUGACCAGGUUUCACUGGGCAGUUGCCACCCAUCUCUUCUCACAGCACCUAUGCUCCUUUUCGAUGGAGAUGUUCGGCAACCCAAGUCUCACGCUGGAGACUCAAGGUUCUCAUUUUUGGCAUUGGGUUUUCUUGCACAAAGUGCAGCAUUUACUCACGCUGGCUCGGCCUGCGACAGGGUUGUCCGACGUUCGAACCUCUGAACGCAUCGACUCCGCUUGGUGGAGUUCUGUGUAAACAGUGCACUCUGCGUUCUUGGGCUUUGUUCAGCUGAUUUAGUCAGCUUAAGAAACACUCCACGAUAACUUCUGGUUACACUUCCAACUCAAGUGCAUGACUAGCCACGUCGACGUGCGUCCUUGUGACGGCGAAUUCUCUGUUUUUGUAGUAAGCAUUUCUUUCAC